CACACACUCCUGCAAUCAGCAUACUCGCCCAGGCUUUAUCACACUUCCCACUUUAUCUUAACAAAAUGUCACCCGCCGAAGUCGAGGCUAACGGCUGGACCGCUGUGCCUGUCAGCGCCAAAGAAGUCAAGGACUCAGUCGGACAGCUUGGAGCCACGCAAACCUACACUAUCCAAGACAUCGUUUUCCCCUCUGACGACAAACUCGUGUCUGAAGCUCAAGCCUUUGUCAAGGCACGUCUGAGUCAAGAAGCUUAUAACCACUCUAUGCGGGUUUUCUACUGGGGAUCCAUUAUUGCCAGGCGUUUGCUACCCAAGCAUGCAGAGGCCUUGUCCCCAUCCACAUGGGCGCUGACAUGCCUUCUGCAUGAUAUUGGUACUGCUCAGGCUUACUUCACUUCAACUCGCAUGUCUUUCGAUAUCUAUGGUGGUAUCAAAGCAAUGGAGGUGCUUAAAGUCCUCGGUGGGAGCAACGAUCAGGCCGAGGCGGUCGCCGAGGCUAUCAUCCGUCAUGAAGACAUGGGCGUGGACGGUACAAUUACCUUCCUCGGCCAGUUGAUUCAGCUUGCUACGCUGUAUGACAACGUUGGGGUGUACGAAGGUAUUGAAGAUUUUGGCAGCUGGAUUGACGAAGCCACUCGUGAUAACAUAAACAAAGCAAUUCCUCGUCACGGUUGGUGCUCUUGGUUUGCCUGCACAGUCCGCAAGGAGGAGACCAACAAGCCUUGGUGCCAUACUACACACAUCCCUCAGUUCGAUAAACAGAUGGAGGCAAACAUUUUGAUGACACCAUGGGAGUAGACAAAACAUAUCACAGAUGCCUAGUGGUAUAUGGAUGUGGUGAUAAUAAAUUUUCUACAAACAAUCACUGCUGAAGUCUUGUUUAUUUUGUUACAGGCUAUGGCCUGGGGCGUUAAAACUAUAUGUGGUAAAGGUGUCAAGGAGAGGGG